AUGUCGAAUACACUGGCUUUGAUUCAAAGCCAUGCGUCGAAUCCGAAGGUAUGGGUUGUGAUCGGCGUGACGGUCGCCGGGAUCGUGAUUUUAGCGGAGACUCGUAAGCGACGGAUUAAAGCCCUCAGAGAAGAAGACUUCGGUGCUUUCUUAGAUCGUUUCGAACUUCUUCCUUUUCCUCCACCGCCUCCUCCUGCCGCUAAACAAUCUCUCUCCGGUCUUACCUUCUCCAUCUCCGACGCGUUCGAUGUUAAGGAUUAUAUCACAGGGUUUGGUAGUCCACAAUGGAAGAAGACUCAUGAGGCUGCAGAGAAAACUGCUGUUGUUGUGACAACACUCUUGAAAAAUGGAGCUACUUGUGUUGGCAAAACAAUCAUGGAAGAGAUGGGCUUUGGGAUAACUGGAGAAAACAAGCACUAUGGCACUCCUAUUAAUCCAUUGAUGCCAUCUAAUGUUCCUGGAGGCUGUUCCAGUGGCUCAGCAGUUUCUGUUGGGGCUGAACUCGUUGACUUUGCACUUGGGAUUGAUACCACUGGCGGUGUUAGAAUCCCAGCUUCAUUUUGUGGUAUUCUUGGCUUCCGACCAUCUCAGGGGACUGUUUCCUCAGUUGGAGUUUUGCCCAAUUCUCAGAGCCUAGAGACUGUUGGAUGGUUUGCCCGUGACCCAUCUGUUUUGUGUCACGUUGGGCAUGCCUUACUUAAUCUGAGUGCAGUUACACAUAAAAGGCAAAGAUCUUUAAUCUUCGCUGAUGAUUUAUUCGAGCUCUCUGACAUUCCUAAGCAAAAGUCGGUGCAUGUUGUUAGAAAGGCAAUCGAAAAUCUAUCUGGCUACCAGACUCCAAAACAUAUAAACGUUGGUCAACAUAUCGCUUCAAAUGUACCAAGUCUUGCGGAAUUCUGUGAGCAAUCUGGGAAAUCGCAAAAAUCAGCAUCAACUUUGAAGGCUCUUUCAUCUGUGAUGUUAUUAAUACAAAGGCAUGAGUUUAAAACAAAUCAUGAAGAAUGGUCGAAAACUUGCAAAUCGUUUUUAGGGCCAGGAUUCUCCAAUGAUGUUGUUGCAGCUCUGAAGAGCAGAAACGAGAGCAUUAAAUCCCUCUACAGAGUGAAAACUGAGAUGCGAGCCGCCAUUCAAAGCCUUCUAACGGAAGAUGGAAUUCUCGUGAUCCCCACAGUUGCUGAUCCCCCGCCGAAGCUUAACACAAAGAACAAGAACGUUUUGAAUGAGAUUCUUGAUCGAAAUUAUGCACUCUCAAGCAUAGCUAGCAUGUCUGGGUGUUGUCAGGUUACAAUUCCUUUAGGGCAACACGGUGAUCGUCCAAUCUCCGUGUCGUUUCUUGCUUACUAUGGAGGUGAUAAGUUCCUUCUCGAUACAAUUCUCGAUGUAUAUGCAUCCCUUCAGGACCAAGCCGAUAUUGCAUCCAGCUUAGCUCCAGCGACUGACUCCAAUGGUGGUAUGGAGGCUUCUGAAGUUAUGAAGGAAAAGGGUAAUGCUGCAUACAAGGGACGACAAUGGAAUAAGGCAGUAAAUUUCUAUACUGAAGCUAUCAAACUGAAUGGAGCAAAUGCUACGUAUUUUUGCAAUAGAGCUGCUGCUUACUUGGAACUUUGCCGCUUUCAACAAGCUGAAGAAGAUUGUACCGAGGCUGUAUUGAUCGACAAGAAGAAUGUAAAAGCAUAUUUGAGACGAGGGACUGCUAGAGAAUCACUUAUACGGUACAAGGAAGCUGCUGCAGAUUUCAGGCACGCAUUGGUCCUUGAACCCCAGAACAAGACCGCAAAGGGUGCUGAGAAGCGACUCCGGAAACUCAUAUGA